CAGCCAACUGUCAAAGAUCGUCCACAGAUCUUGCACCUAGAGGUUGACAUUCCACCGCGACGGAAUGGCAACUUUUAGUAGAUUACUUGCCCGCAUGGGCAACCAUAUGAACGUUCUCACGAAAUGUUCAAGACCCUUUGUCACAUCGUCUUCUGUGGCAGCCUGGUCAGGCACACCGAAAAAGCAGUACAUCAAACCCUCCCCUCCCAGUAACCUACCUCCAAAGUCAUCCGAGCCUCGUGGUACGGAAAAACGAGCCGUAAGAGCCGAAGCACUGCGAAAGGGGCCCUUGGCCACUGACUUGUUCACUGGCAAUGGCCAACAAGGACAAGGUUACUACAAAAAUGUCGCGACCGAGCCUCUGUCAAAGGAAAUUGCUACAAAAUUAAUGCGACCUGUGAAGGUAGAGGACCUAGAGAUUGACCCUGAUCGCGGAUACGUGUAUUUGAAAGAGGCCACAUAUAGAGAAAUGUUGGAUGACGCUUUUGGACAAGAUGGGUGGAAGCUAGUCCCCGUAACCCCAUUUCAAGAAACCAGUAGCGGAAAUGUCGUGUAUCGUGCAUACACACUCAUUGUCAACGACCGCUUUGUCUCUGAAGCGAUCGGUGAUUGGUCUGUCGCCACAGCCGGUAGCAGGGCUGCCGCUGAAGCAAAGUGCGAUCACGCGGCGUUGGUGCGCGUUGGAAAGGAUCUUGGCAUGGCCAGUGAGCUCUGGGAUCCCGUGCGGAGUAACCAAUUGAGGGAUGCGAAAUUCACACAAGAGUGGAUCGUGGAUCCAAAGUUGGGCAGCAAACGGAGAGUGUGGAGGGAGAAGAAGGUGUCGAAGGCUCCCGGAUUUUAAUGUAGAGCGAGUCAGUCUUCCGAGACGGCUUUUGCGUACCCAUUUUUUGUUUUAUAUGUUCAUUUUACCUGUAUUUGGUGUAUAAAUGAUAUAUUUUGGAUCCUGCUAUGAGGUUUUUGAGUGGAG